CCACCACCCCUGCUGUUUUGAAAGUCCGACCAUGACUACAGAAUAAAGGAGGGCGUGCCCCGGGAUAGAGCAACCCAAUACUGUGAUAAAAUCAAGCAAUUUAUCACUCGUCCCGCAUAACUAGACGAUAUGAUGCCCGUUCUUGACAGUCAAAAGUAUCACCUCUACUCAGCAAGCUGCCGACCAGAAAUUUGGAAAGAGUUAGAGAGAAAGGACCAUCCCCUCAACACUGCCUGGCCUGUAUUUCUGGACCAAGACACGUGCUAUCAGAAAUAUGCUAGCCGGCUAGCAAAGUGUCCUGGUCUCGCAGAGUUCCAGUAUGCCAUGGUGGAGGAGGAUUGUGGCCAGGAAACGAUUGCUGCAUGUGGUCGGUCUAUUCCUUUCUACUGGCCUGAGCUCGAUCAAAUCGGUGGCCGUGUAGGGCUGUCUACACAUCCGGAGGUCUUGAAAACACUUCCCGAUGGAGGAUAUGAUGCCAUUCUCACCAGGGGCUUCAACCAAUUUCUAAGUCGGCAGGGCCUUCUUCCCCCGAAGCCACCGUCCGCGGUCCAUACGAUCAAGCCGCAUCCUGUCGACUAUAUUGAUGAUAUCUGCUAUCGCUCAGAACAUCCGAAUGCGCUAUCCGCCAUCUCUAUCACUGUCCAUCCGGCCCGAAGAUCCGUUGGACUCGCAGAGGCCAUGAUUCAAGCAAUGAAGCUGACGGCCAUGAACAAAGGCCUCGAGAUGCUGGUUGUCCCCCUCCGUCCUACGCGGAAAUCAGAAUACCCAUUGGUCAAUAUGGCAAAAUAUAUCAAUUGGCAUUGUCAGCAAUACGCCCCGGAUAGGAGUCUUCCUUUUGACCCAUGGUUGCGGAAACAUGUUCGCCUCGGAGGGAAGGUGAUCCAGGUAGCCUGGAAUAGUAUGCUGAUAGAGGGAAGCAUCGCUGCCUGGCAACAAUGGACCCAAUUCGACAAGUGGAGAGUACAUUCCGGUUCAUUGAAGUUGGAAAAAGGUACCAACCGUUUGUACAUUGAGGUGUCUUUUACAGGUGGCUUAGUCCCAAUGCGACUGUACGUAGGGGAAGAUCGCUGUACUUAUGUUGAGCCGAAUGUUUGGCUCUACCAUGAUCUGAAUGUAUGAUCCGGAAGUCUUGUUUCCCCCUAGGUCAUGUAUAUACCUUUAUAAUUUAGGGGCAAAAGGGUGUUUGCAGAUCGACAUUUCGAAUAGAGUAGUAUAGCACCCAAAUAAUAAAGAAUAAAAGUGCUAAUUCUUAAA